CCCCGGCAACGUCUCGGCGCGGACGUCUUCCGCGAGGCACCAGUCGGUGGCGCUGGGAAGAGACGACGACAGACAGAGAGAGACGUUGUUGCUGUUGUUGUUUAGGAGGAGGAGGUCUUCGUUAAAUUUGGCUUCUCCCGCACGACGCCACCGGCCAUGGCCCAGCAGCGCGCGUCUGCCGCGGCGGCGGCGGCUCAGAAGAGCCUCCACCUGGGAAUGAAUUUCGAUGAAGAUCUGCAGGCCAUGGUGCAGGGCAGAACAAUGCGCAAGGUGAAGGCCAACGGAUGGAACAAGAAGCGCAGCUUGCAGCUGCAGGACGACCUCAGCUCGUUGGUUUGCGACUCCAAAAAAUUUGGCCAGUCCAAAACCACGUACUUCGUUCAGGAGAUGGAGAUGGUCCUGGAGGGCCACCAAUCGGAGGCACUGCGCUUCGUGCAGCAUGAAUUCCCCCAGGAGCACUGCUUCUCGGUGGCUUUCCAUGGACGGAAGGAAAACUUGGACCUGGUGGCUUCCUCGAAACAGGAAGCCCAGCUCUGGGUGCGGGGCCUCCGCAAGCUGAUGGCUCAGCACAAGAGCCAGAACCAUCGCGGGAAGCUCGACCAGUGGAUCUAUGACUGGGUGCAGAAGGCCGACAAAAACAAGGAUGGUAAGAUGACCCUCUCGGAGGUGAAGAGCCUGCUGAAGCUCAUGAACACCGCCGUGGACGACAAAUAUGUGAAGGGUCUCUUUCAGCACUGCGACACGUCUAAGUCUGGUGUGCUGGAGGAAGAUGAGUUUGUGGAGCUCUACAAGCAGCUGACACGCCGGGAGGAGGUGACCUCACUCUUCUCGCAGCUGACGUCGGGUGAAAACCUCCUGAGCCUGGAGCUUUUCCGCCGCUUCCUAUCGGAGCAGCAGCACGAGGACAUGGAGGCCGGAGCAAGCGAGGGCCAUGCAGCUGCGAUUCUGGACAUGUACGAGCCCUCGGCCAUGGCUAAAAAGCAGCAGAGCAUGACUCUGGAUGGCUUCACCAUGUACCUCAUGUCCGCGGACGGCAGCAUUUUCAACCCAAGCCACGGACACGUAUUCCAGGACAUGACCCACCCACUCAGCCACUACUUCAUCUCAUCCUCGCACAACACCUACCUGAUGGAAGACCAGCUCCGUGGACCCAGCAGCACUGAGGCCUAUGCCAGGGCUCUGAAGCGCGGGUGCCGCUGCGUGGAGCUCGAUUGUUGGGACGGCCCAAAUGGGGAACCCAUUGUCUACCACGGCUACACCUUCACUUCCAAAAUCCUCUUUCGUGAUGUCAUCGAGGUCAUCAAUCAGUACGCAUUCCAGACAUCGGAGUUUCCGUUAAUUCUGUCGAUCGAGAACCACUGCACCAUUCCACAGCAGACGGUGAUGGCUCAAUACAUGCGCAAUAUCUUUGGCAACAAGUUGUUGACGGUGCCACUUGGAGGAAAGGUACCCACGGUGCUGCCGUCCCCCGAGGAACUAAAAUGCCGGAUUUUGGUGAAGGGUAAAAAGCUCGGCCAGCUGGAGGAGAGUGUUCAUGCCAAUCAGGGAGAGGUUUCAGAUGAAGAUGAGGCUGCUGAGAUAGAGGAUGAGGCGGUCAAGAAGAACAUGCCUGUGAAAGGGAAGCUGACCCUGUCGAAGGAUCUGUCAGACUGCGUCGUCUACUGCAAAAGCGUGCACUUCCGCGGCUUCGAGAUUUCGCGCGAGAAGGGCUGCUGCUACGACAUAUCAUCCUUCGGAGAGGCCAAGGCUCGCAAAUUGUCCACCGAGAAUAGUAACGAGUUUGUGCGUUACAACUCCUUCCAGCUGAGCCGCGUCUACCCGGGCGGCCGGCGAACCGACUCCUCCAACUACAACCCCCAGGAGGCAUGGAACACCGGCUGCCAGAUUGUGGCACUGAAUUUUCAGACAGCAGGCCGGGAGAUGGACCUUAACGAUGGGAAGUUCCGGCAGAACGGUGGAUGUGGCUACAUUUUGAAGCCAAGCUUCACACGCAACCGCGAGUCUCUCUUUGACCCGGAGCACCCAGAGCUUGGAGCCGGCCUCAACCCCAUAAACCUCUCCAUCAAGGUCAUCAGUGGGCAGCAGCUGCCUAAAUUGGAGGCCAGCAAUAAGGGCUCGAUUAUGGAUCCACUGGUGAGGGUGGAGGUUUAUGGCGUUCCACAGGACAACAACCACCAGCAAACCUACCACAUCGACAACAACGGGUUUAACCCGCGCUGGGACAAAACGCUCACGUUCCGCGUGACAGUGCCUGAGCUGGCCCUCGUGCGCUUCGUUGUGGAGGACUACGACAAGGCGUCACGCAAUGACUUUUUGGGCCAGUACACGCUGCCCAUGAGUAGCAUGAAAACAGGCUACAGGCAAGUCCCUCUGCUAUCUCACGACGGCACCAGCCUGGCUCCAUCCUCUCUCUUCGUCCACGUAGACACGACCAACUGAACAACUGCAGGGGUGUUGACGCUGCCAUAUACAAGAGCAACACGAUGUCGAUGUAAACCGUGAUCCGUGUGACCACACGUGCGUCGAUAUGCCAGCAUUAUUGUUUUAUUUAAUUUACUCUUGUUUACCCACAAAAGCUUCGCACAGUCUCAAGGCUGUUUUUUUUCAGGAGGGUCAUCAUUACUAUAUUUGCAUACUUAUAUAACAAGCAUUCAAGUAGACACCUAUACAGGCAUUCACACACGUGCUGCAAACUCUUCUGUGCAAGCAAUUUUUUAAAAGAAAUAUGCAAUAUGCCUUGUUUUUAGUUGGUUAUAUGAGUGAAUAUUUUAAAAUAUAUAUUUUACCAGCCAUAGUUAUACAACUAUUUAAAAUUAGAGUUCAAUCGUUAUAAACGUUUAGUAAUUUUAAAACACCUCUGUGCAAGGGAUAUUUGAGGUAAUGGGUUCACUACUGAGCUUGCUUGUGAAGCGCAGUGAGUAGUUUGAUCUCAGGCAAACAUUAAUGUUGUAAAAAAAAAUACUCGCACUGACUUAAUUAUUCUGCUGCUUUUAAAUAUGCAAGUAUUUAUGGGGUUUCAGAAUUAAUUUGCAAAUAUGAAACUUUUGGAAUGAGAUUUCUUGAAAUGUAUAGGAAAUGUUGGAAAAGAAAAUAAUUUAUAUGACUUGCCAUUUAGAAAAAUGCUUUAAUUUUAAAGAGCAAUACUUUUUACAUUCCCCUUUAACAAUUUAUCAUAAGAACUUGUCACUUUUUCCUGCGAGUCAAUGCACUCUGUGAGUUGCUGUUGAAUUUAGUUUGAAAAAUGCUAACAUUACUUCAUUGCACCUUUGAGAUAUCAGGGUCUCUCCACAAACCUGUCAAAUAUUUGUCAAAAGUGCAUGUAAUUGGCAACUCCAGUAAAUUCUUCUGCAGGAGUAGUGCAUUGUGUGGUUUAUUUCACAGGCACACACUUUUGAACACAACUGUGCCAGGUUAUUCAAAUUCACCCAAACAUGCAUGUCAUUGCAGAUUGUUAAUUUUUCUAAGUUACAAAUGCAAAAAAACUACAAAUCAGGUAGAGCAAAAGCAAGUUUUAAAACCCUACAGCCAUACAUUAUGCCUGACGGUGUGGAUUGUAAAACAAACACUUUUUUUAGGGUAUAUAUGUUUUGUUACAUGUCGCAUGGAUGAGAUAAGGGGGGCAACCUUGCUGGUAAUAUAAUUGCUUGCCGAGUUGUCUAAAUGUGCACGCCUGAUUUGUGUACUUUGUUGAGUGGACAUUUGACCCUUUUUCCUCCAUUGCAUGUUGAUGAAAAUCUAUUUUUUUGGACUUCACUGCAACAUUCAGAUAUAUUAUACGACUACCACGACCACUAUUAGUGUACAUGAGGCUAACUUUCAAAUUAAUAAUAGGUCAACGAAACUAUAGUUGUUUAGGAAUGGGGCCUGGCAAAGCUAGGCAGAGUAAUGGAGCAGCAGGAAACCCUUUGUGACAGAUGGGAGUGGUGGUUAUAAUAGGGAAUGGCCAAAAAAGUCAAAUCCAUAUUGCAGGGAUGGAUCGGUAUCACUGAUCAGCAUUGAAUGUCGAUUUAUAAACCAAUGAACAGGUAAUUUUUUGUUCGACCUGUCUAAAAUUAUAUGCACGCGUCUUCACUGACUUGGCACUGUGUUUAUAUGUAAGUAGCAGUAGACCUGAGACUGCCUUGCCAUUGUUUACAUACUCGGCUUAUGAAAAAGGAGGCUUCCUUUGAAUAUUAUACUUCCAGAUGUUACGUUCAAAGUGGCUGUGAGCUCAAAAUGAUAAGUUAUUUUGUGACAAGUGUUUAUGAUAAAAAUGUAAGCUACUGUAUACUGUUUGGUGGCAUUUUAAAACCACAAAAUAACUAAAGUGAGUAGUUUUCUAUAAAUAUGUAGUUAAAAUAUAUAUUUUUUAGUUAGUAUGCAUUGCCUUAAUAUCACAAAACUGAUCAACUUUGAUGUGGAAAAUAUAGAGCUCUUCUGAAAUUUCACUUCCUGAGCACAAUUAAUUCCCUGUUCGCCUUUUUUUGUGUUUGGUUUGAGGUGAUAAUCGAUCAAUAUCAUCGAACAAUGUUUUACUUUGUAAUUUUUACAGCCCUUUGUAAAGACGCAACUGAGUGAUGGCUUCCCGUGUCUGGCCGUGGGGUUGGUUGACCAUAUUUCACACUGCACAAGGCUGAGAUAGCACUCACCAGGUUCAUAGUGCAGUACACAAACCACUUCUCCCGCUACUUUGUUACAGUGAAUACAAAUUAAAAACGUGGUUCAAUGACUGUUGGUCUUGGUGUGAUCACAUGUAGACAAUGUUGGUUUGUUUUUAAAGCUCCUGUACUGUUACACACCUACCUAUGAGGUCGCUCGAAUGACUUCACGGUUAUGCAGUUUUGCCUGCUCUUCAUUGUGCAUUUUACAACAGCAAUAGAUUGGUGCAAACAAUGUUUCUUUUCGAAUAUAGACGAGCGAUAAUUUGGAAGUUGUCAUCACAAUUUUCCAACGUAUGAAUACAAGAAAUACAA